ACUCCAAAAGAAUCAACUACAAAGUAUACAGGAGCUGGAAUGACAACUAGUUUGUUCAAUCCUCAUGUUGAAGGCAAACAAAUUAGUGCUAGUCGAAUAAGAAUCGAAAAAGGAUCGGAAAUCUUACAAGCUGGUUGGAGGGUAAAUAUAACUAAUCUUUUCUAUACAUAAUUUAAUUGCUUCUUAGAAAAAUGUCUCUAAGAUGUCAAUUACACGUCUUAAUAUAAAUUUACCAUCCGCUUAUAAUAAUAUUGUUGUUUUUUUAUUUCAGGUAGAUCCAACAUUAUAUGGGGAUAAUAAAACUAGACUUUUCAUACAUUAUCAGAUAGGUGAAACCCAAUGUUUCAAUACAUUAUGCCCUGGCUUUGUUCAAGUAAACCGCGAUAUACCUCUUGAUAGUUCGUAUGGGAAUCUUACCCAACGUGGAGUGCAUACAUGGGAGAUCCUAAUGUACAUUUAUAGGGAUCAAGCCUAUGGACACUGGUGGCUUCUAUUGGGACAAAAGUAUGAUUUAGUUGGUUAUUGGCCAAAUAUUAUUUUCACUGAGUUAGCACAAUUUGCUACGAAAAUUGAAUGGGGAGGAUCGGUAUAUAGUCCACCAGGUGUACCAGAACCUCCGAUGGGUUCAAGCUAUUUUCCGAUAGGAAAUUCUUCUUUUGAUGGGUACUGUAGGAGCAUCGCAUAUUCAAAUGAAGAAGGAGAUUCGGUUGAUAUACAUAAUAUAUUUUGGUAUACUGAUAAUAUUUUUGCAUAUAAAGUUAUAUUUAAAUAUCUAUUGGAAGGUUCAAAUAAUUUUCUUUAUGUUCUUUAUGGUGGACCUGGUAAUAAAGCACAAGUGUAAUUCUUGUUAGUUACUUUCUAUAAAAAUAUUUUAUUUUAAUAUCGAGCUUUCUUGAUAAAUAUAUAGUUGAAUAGUUCUUCUAUUGAACCUUAUCUUGUAUUUCUUUUUAUAUGUUUAAUAAUUUCGAUUUUCUUAGUAGUGUGAGUAAAACAAUACCAUGGGUAAAUUCUAGUAUUUUGAAUCGCACAUUCACAAAUCACAAUCAGCGUCAAUUGAUUUUUUUUAUUUAUUUUUUUUGAAUUCGGUUACAUUUUGAUGUAAUCUAUAUGUUCAGGUUAUUAUUUUGAAAUAUUAGCAAUUAAUAUUUAUUAAAUAAAAGACUUUUGUAUAUUAAUUUGUUGACCAUUGUACUUUAGAAGAUUACAUUUUGCUAUUCGAUUUUUUAAUUGUAUAAAGAAUUUGUAUUGUAUAAGUCUAAAAUUUUUGUAAUUCGAUUUCUGAGUGUAUAGAUUCAGAAUUUAUAUAUUUUUACCUUAGUUUUUUUGUAUAAGAUUUAUGAAACUAUAGCUAUAUAUAGAGCCUUAUUAUGACUAUUAUCUUUGAUAUUUCUGAAAUUUUCUCUUAUUUUACAUGCUAAAUCUCAAUGUUUUUUUAGGAGUGUGAGGAUAUCAAUUUGUUCUAGGCUGAACACAUGUGAAUUCAAAAUUAAUCGAAGUCUAAUGUAGAUAUCAAACAUACAGAAUGAAAAAAAAAUUAAUGUUGAUUGUUAGAAGAACUUUUAAAGGCUAGAUUCAUUUUCUACAAGUUCUAUUUUUCAUAUUUUAGGUGGAUCCAAUAUUAUACGGGGAUAUCAAAACACGACUUUUUAUACAUUUUCAGGUAAGGAUUUCCGCUAUGGUUCAUGAUUACUAGAACUAUAUGUCUUAUGGUUCAAUUAUUUUCCUUGAGUUACAAGAGUCCUUAUAUUUUAUGUAUACUAAUUUUUAGGCCGGUGAAGUUCAUUGUUUUAAUACAUUAUGUCCUGGCUUUAUACAAGUAGACAGUGAAAUACCUCUUGAUGUGUCAUACGAGGAUCAUAUUUCACAACGUGGAGGAAACUCUUGAUUAAUUUAUAACUCUUUUGGUGGAUCUAGCUCACAGUAUCUUUAUUUUAUUAUUAAAUACAUUGCAUCUUAAAUGAUAUUUUAGUCGUUCUAAGUAAAAGUAACAAUGGUCAUAAGAGGAAUUCGA